UAACCAGGAGCUUUGGGAGGAAAUGCUGGGUUUCAAAGGACUGAUAGUUGUUGAUGUGUAUCAAGGCUGGUGUGGUCCAUGCAGAACAGUCGUGAACCUUUUCAGAAAAAUAAGGAAUGAGCUUGGUGAUGACCUCCUGCAUUUUGCCGUGGCUGAAGUAGAUUCCAUUGAUGCUCUAGAGAACUACAGAGGAAAAUGUGAACCUACCUUUCUGUUUUAUGCAGGCGGAGAAUUAGUAGCUGCUGUAAGAGGAGCCAAUGCACCACUGUUACAGAAAACGAUCCUGGACCAGCUGGAGGCAGAAAGGAAGGUUUUAGAACAAGGAGCAGAACGUGUGGUGAUUAAGGAUGAAGCCCUCUCCAAGGAAGGAGAAGAUGCCAUCAUCGUUCAGGAAGAAGAAUAGGAAGACGAGCUGG